AUGGAGAUCCUGAUCAUCGAAAAAUACGAGCGUCGGUCUGGAGGGCUCUUGAAGAAGCUUGAGGAGUACCCAAGCGUGAAGAAAGAGACUAAGAAGGUUCCUGGUCUCGAGAAGAAGGUCAUGACACAGAUCACUUUGAUGGAUGAUCUGUCUAAAAAGGCAGAGGAGGAGAGGCAGCGAGCGGAAUUUGCCGAGGAAGAGCUCGAGAGGGUAAAGACCGAAAAAGAGUCUCUUCAAUCUUUCCAUAAUCAGGAGACAGCUCUUCUGCGGUCUUCUCGAAGGCAUGAGGUCGUUCAGAUCAUCGCGAGCUCUGAUGUUUCGGACGAUCGGUUCAAAGAGCUCGAUGAGAACUUUGAAAGGUUCGAGAAAGAUUUCGAUGCUCUGGACGUCGAAGAAGACACUGAGGGCGAUUUCAAGAUGACUCCUCCUCCUUGGAUGUCUUUGAACCCUCCUCAGUGCGAGACCGCAGCCGCCUCCGUGAACCCUCCUCAGCCUGAGAUCGUAGCCUCCUUCGACCAGAAUGGGACCCUGAUGAGUGUGGAAGAUCAGAAGAGGGAUCGACUUUUGCUCGUGGAUGACCUGGGAGUGGAGGCUCAGGCUUAA